UGUGGGGUGGGGCUAUUUAGAAGGGUAGAGCCCAAAUCUUGGAGCACUGGAUUCACAACUUUCACCAAAGGUAUUGUUUUCCAGCCGAAAGUUUGAAGAUUACCAUUCUGAAACCGAAGAGAAAUCAUGGCUGAAGAGCACACAGACCUGGAAGCAAGGAUAAUAAAGGACAUACACAGUAAAGAAAUCGAUCUGGUGAACAGAGAUCCAAAACACAUUAACGAAGAUGUGGUAAAGGUGGAUUUUGAAGAUGUGAUCGCUGAGCCAGAAGGCACCUACAGCUUUGAUGGAGUCUGGAAAGUCAGCUACACCACCUUUACGGUUACUAAAUAUUGGUGCUACCGGCUUCUUUCCACUGUGUUGGGCAUCCCACUAGCCUUGGUCUGGGGCUUCCUCUUUGCUUGUAUCUCCUUCUGCCAUAUCUGGGCAGUGGUGCCAUGCAUCAAGAGCUACCUGAUUGAAAUCCAGUGUGUCAGCCGCAUCUACUCCCUGUGCAUCCACACCUUCUGUGAUCCUCUGUUCGAAGCCCUAGGCCGGAUCUUCAGCAGCAUCAAAGUUUCUCUACGAAAGGAACCCUAGUUAGUUUGGAAGAAUGGGUGGCGGGGGGAAUCUAUCCCCGUCUGCUCACACAGUAAUAAUCCAUUGAUAUUUCUGAGAGUUUUCUUUUAAAGACUUCUUCAUCUUUCAAACCGUGUAUAUGAGAUUUGUGAAAAGAGAGGGAAAGCACCAAGGGAAGUUACAUUUGGGCACAAUGCACCUGAAUCUGUUCACGUCUCCUGUCAAAGAUACUGUUAAUUGACAAGAUGUGACAAUGACAACCGCUUGAAGGGCAGCUACCGUAAAAGUCUCUGCAUUAAUCCAUACUGUAAUUGUAGCUAUUUAACCAUUUUCAUGGCAGGAAAAUGAGUCGCUCUCUUUCCAAGCAUUUUGCUUCUAUGAAUGCCCAGGUACGCAGUGAGUGAACAGUUUUUGAGUAAGGAUGAGCUCUGUUCUAAUAAAGAACUCUGGCUGCAUUGUGGGGGAGUCCUGCAUUUAUUUCUGUGACCUAAGCGACAACAAAUCAUCCUCCUUAACUGAUUCUUUCACCAUGCAUCUUACUUCUCCAAAGACAAACUCAUUCCUGCUAGUGUGUUGAAAUCUAGUGGGAUGGGACCAACUCUAAAUGAACGUAAUCAUAGGAGUUUCAGGUAGGAAGGCUGAAUGAAUCUACCUGGACCUCCUGGGGGUCAAUGUAGAAUUGUUUCCUAGCAUGUUGUAUUAUACUCUCCCAAGUGCAUAGUACAGUGCUCUGCGCACAGUAAGCACUCAAUAACCACCUUUGAUGAUGAUGUAUUUUCUCCUGUCCCAUCCUGCCA